AUGGGUACUCAAUUGGCCGCGAGCGCACUCGAGUCUAGCCGUUUUACACGCCAUCAUGUCAAGGCAGUCGUCGUUGCCGGGGUGGGAUUCCUGGCUGACCAAUAUGACCUUUUCAUCAUUAACCUUAUCGUGCCAAUGUUGGGUUAUGUAUAUUUCGCCUCCAACCACAAUUCUAUUCCAGACUCCCAAAAGUCUAUAUUAGUAGCUGCUGUAAACCUCGGUGCCAUUAUCGGACAGUUUACAUUCGGUCUCUUGGCGGACAAAUUCGGAAGGAAGAAGAUGUAUGGAACGGAACUUAUGAUCAUCAUAAUGGGAACCGUUGCUGGAUCACUCGCUGGGGGUGGCCCGUACCUCAGUGUUGUGUUCACCCUUGGUUUCUGGCGAUUCAUACAAGGAGUAGGCAUCGGAGCUGAUUAUCCAAUGUCUGCCACCAUUGCUGCGGAAUUUGCCAAUCUUCGCAAUCGUGGGGUCAUGAUGGCCGCUGUGUUCUCUAUGCAAGGGUUUGGGCUUCUUUUCGGGGUUUUGGUGGCCCUUAUCGUUCUACCGUGCUUCAAAUCAGCCAUCAACGAAAAUGUUCAGGCAUUCGAUCAUGUCUGGCGUAUCAUUAUGGCUGCUGGAUUGAUCCCAGCCUUGCUGGCCCUCUAUUACCGCCUCACUAUUCCGGAAUCUCCUCGAUAUACAAGCGACAUCACCAGGGACGAGAUUAAAGCAUUGCGCGAUGCGAAAUUGUUCCUCAAAGAAGCCUCAGACGAAGGAAGUAUAACAGUCACUGAGUGCAACCCAACGGCGCCCGUGCGCUUUGAGCACAACAUAAGCUCGUUUCGUGCCUUCUUUGGACAGUGGAAAAAUGCGAAAUUAUUGAUGGGAACGGCUGGCACAUGGUUUCUCAUUGAUAUCGCUCUUUAUGGGCUGGGUUUGAACAAUAGUAUAAUCCUAUCGGAGAUCGGCUUCGCUAAGGGUGAUACUCCGUAUGACUCUAUGCUAAAAAUUAUCUUGGGAAACCUGAUCAUUUCGCUGUUGGGAAACUUUCCGGGGUACUUCGCUGCAGCUGCUGUCAUAGAUACGAUGGGCCGCCGACUCCUGCAGCUCGUUGGUUUUGCCGCCUUGACUGUAUUCUACGUGGUUAUUGCCUCGGCCUAUCACCAGAUCCUGGACACAUCGAUCGCGUUGUUCGUUGUCAUCUACACGUGCGCGCAGUUCUUUGUCAACUUUGGUCCCAAUGUGACAACGUUCAUUAUUCCCGGGGAGGCGUUCCCAACCGAAUGGCGAGCGACUGCGCAUGGGAUAUCGGCGGCGUGCGGAAAGAUUGGAGCGUUCAUCGCAUCGUAUGCAUUUACUCCUGUUGCAGCGUCGAUCGGUGUCAAUGGCACUAUUGGUGUCCUUGCCGGGUGCAUGUUCUUGGGUUUCGUGCUGACGUAUUUCACAAUUCCCGAAACAAAGGGACUGGCUCUUGAUGGCGGCAUUAACGGUAAUAGUAUGGAGACUAUCGACGUUGUAACGGAGCGAAACGAUUCAUUGGACGGCAUUCAAGGUAAUAGUAUGGAGACUAUCGACGGUGUAACGCAGCAAAACAAUUCAACGGACGGCAUUCAAGGUAAUGGUACGGAGACUAUCGACGUUGUAAAGCAGCGAAACGAUUCAAUGCGCGAACGUUAAGCGUGUAAUCUGUUUGGGGAUCGGAUGGGAAGGUACAAUUAUCGAUAGUCUCAUUUAGUGCUGCAUCGGAUUGAUUCUACAGUGCAGAAUUUCUCAGUUUGACACAAUGACAUUUUCAUUCGAUCUCAAGACUUGAAUUAAACCUUCGACGGAGCCUUUCUCUGUCCAUCCACUUGCUACCCAAAGUUAUCGCCGGCCAUGUUCUGUCGGGCACUGAUCCUGAAAUCUGACUUGUAGUGAUGGCACUGCGGCCUAAUCUUGUAGUUUCUCCGUAAAGUUCGACGUAUGAUUUGAUUAUAUUCUUUGAUGAUUGGAAGGAAUUAUGUCCCCCCAGUCACUAUCGCCAAUUAAGACAAUAUCAACCUUCUAUCUCU